UAUGGCGCCAGAAAUCAAGGGUUUAGAGACGAGCUAUGGUGUGUGUGUAUGUGUGUCAGCUGGUGGAUAUUAUUCACUGUUAGUCGCGUUAUAUGGACAGUGCCGUAAGUGUGAUACGUUAUAUAGCAGAACUGCGGCUGGAAUUUUGAGUCAAGAUGGUGAUGCUACGCAGCAGCGGUGGCAGUGUCGGAGCAGAGCCGUCAACUCCUCCGGAGAGGAGGUCGACAGAGUUGAACACAAGCUCCGAGUUUCUGUCGCUGCUUCCCGCGUCGCAGACAAAGUCCUCCCGGGUGACCCGCUCCUCUCGGACCCUGGACGACAGCUACUUUAGCAGCCCCGAAAACAACACGGCGAAUGGACAUGCCAACAUGAAGGAGGAACAGGGAAGUGGUCGACAUCAUACUCCAAAGACCAGAGGACAGAAAACAAGGCCAGAUGUCUGCUUUGUUGACACUGAGCCAAAGACCAGCUCUCCUGUGAAUGGAGAUAAUGCUGAAGGUGGCUGCACCAGGAAAUCUACCAGGCUGCAGAGAGAGGGAAAAGCCUGCAGUGACAAGCAGCAUGCAGAUGUUCCAGAUGAAGUGGAGGGAUCAUCCACUCCCAAGAGGAGCCGCUUUAACCUACAGAGCCGAGAAGUGGAGGAAGAGGAGGAUCACUCAGUGAGACGUAGCUCCCGAAUCACAAGAUAUAAACUAGAUACCCGCAACCAAUCAGUGCUCUAUGAUCGCCUCAUUACCAACACUGCUGAAGCCGUCCUCCAGAAGAUGGACGACAUGCAGAAGAUGAGACGGAGACUGAGGAGCAAAGAUAGAGACACAAAAGAAGAGCUUGGUGUUUACACUCGGGACCAAAUGAGGAGGUCACUAAGGACAGCUGCAGAUGGUAAAGACACUGAGGAGGAGAGCCAUGGAGGGGACCAGGCCGAUCAUGAUGAAGAGGAGGAGGGAGAUGGAGAGGAGGAUGAGGAAGAAGAAGAUGAUGAUGACGAAGAUGAAGAUGCCGUUGACGAAGAAGAAGACAACCAGAGGCGAUAUGAUUUUAGACAGCGAAAGACUGUUGUUCGCUACCAGGCUCCACAGGACGAACCCAGAGAGCCCAGGAAGCGCAGCAUGUACUUCAAGGACCACUCGUCUCCGACCAGACGCAGGUUCAUAUUUGGCUCCUCGGCCCCCAGGAGCCCCUACAACCGAAGGAGAACAAGCAGAAGGAGACAUGCCAUCCACAGUAGCGACUCUACUUCUUCAUCCUCAGAUGAUGAGACUUUCCAGAGACGGAGAAGUAAGAACAGGAGCCGCUCAGUCAACAGAUGUCUACCAAUGAACCUUGUGAAGGAAGACCUGCUGGGAAUCCAUAAAGACCGUAUGAAGAUUGGCGCCAGCCUCGCUGAUGUGGACCCCAUGCACAUAGACGGGACGGUGCGCUUUGACAGCAUUGGAGGUCUGAGUCGACACAUCUCAUCCCUGAAGGAAAUGGUGGUCUUCCCUCUUCUCUACCCAGAAGUCUUUGAGAGGUUCAAGAUACAGCCACCCAGGGGCUGUCUUUUUUAUGGUCCCCCGGGCACAGGGAAAACCCUUGUAGCCAGAGCGCUGGCCAACGAGUGUAGUCAGGGUGAAAGAAGGGUAUCGUUCUUCAUGAGAAAAGGAGCUGAUUGCCUCAGUAAGUGGGUUGGAGAAUCUGAGCGACAGCUACGCCUGCUUUUUGACCAGGCAUACCAGAUGCGUCCAUCCAUCAUCUUCUUUGAUGAGAUUGAUGGUUUGGCUCCAGUAAGGUCCAGUCGUCAGGACCAGAUCCACAGCUCCAUUGUGUCAACCCUCUUGGCUCUAAUGGAUGGAUUAGAUAGUAGAGGAGAAAUUGUUGUGAUAGGAGCCACAAACCGACUGGACUCCAUUGACCCAGCUCUGAGACGACCCGGACGAUUUGACAGAGAGUUCCUCUUCGGCCUGCCUGACAGAGAGGCCAGAAAGGACAUUCUGAAGAUCCACACCAGACAGUGGAUUCCACAACCUUCUGACACUUUUCUGGAGGAGUUGUCAGAUGAAUGUGUUGGUUAUUGUGGAGCAGAUAUCAAGGCAGUGUGUUCAGAGGCAGCCCUGUGUGCUCUGCGGCGACGUUACCCACAAAUCUACUCCUCAUCACAGAAACUUGUGCUUGAUGUCAAUUCCAUUGUCAUCACAAACAAAGACUUCAUGUCUGCCAUGUCCAAGAUGGUGCCCGCUGCUCAGAGAGCUGUAGUGUCACCAGCCAAGGCUCUGAUUCCUGCCAUCCAUCCUUUGCUGAGCGCUACCCUGCAGAACAUCCUCCACGUGGUCCACAGAGUGUUCCCACAUGCUGAGCAAGGUCUGAAGAGGAAGAGGGGACAAGAUGUGGCCUGCAUUCCGUCUGACGAUGAGCUGAUGUUCAGUGAGGAUGAUGUGGAAGAAGUCAACGGACAGACCCCUCACUCUCAUCUCAAAACACCUGCUGUGAAGGGACUCCUCAACCUCAACAGGAGUGUGCUGAGCCAGCCGACCUCUUACCGCCCCAGACUGCUAUUGGAGGGCAGACCAGGUUCAGGUCAGAGCUCUCACCUGGGUCCUGCUGUCCUCCACACUCUGGAGAAAUUCACUGUGUACACUCUGGACAUGGCCGUUCUGUUUGGCGCCAGUGCAACUGCACCAGAGGAGACCUGUGCUCAGAUUUUUGUUGAAGCCAAGCGGACCUCUCCAAGUAUCCUUUACAUCCCUCACAUUGGACAGUGGUGGGAAACAGUGAGUCCUGCCUUGCGAGCCACCUUCCUGAGCCUCCUCGGCUCAAUCCCUGCCUUUUCUCCGAUACUACUACUGGCCACCUGCAACCUGCAAUAUGAACAACUCAGCAUGGAGGUUCAAGAAUUAUUUCGGGUCGAGUAUGGGGAGGUUUUUCAUGUUCAGGUCCCAACCAGCAGAGAAAGAAGAAACUUCUUUGAGGACCUGAUACUUAACCAGGCUGCCAAGGCCCCUGCCUCUAAAAAGAAAGCUGUGCUCCAUGCAUUGGAGGCACUCCCCGUCGCUCCACCGCCUGCUCCACGUCAGCUGACAGAGGAGGAGAUCCAGAAAUUGGAGGAGCAGGAGGAAGCCACUUUCAGGGAGCUCCGCCUCUUCCUGCGUGAUGUCACCAACCGACUGUCCCAGGAUAAACGUUUCAAAGCUUUUACAAAGCCUGUGGAUUUAGAGGAGGUUCCAGAUUAUGCUGAGGUAAUUAAAAAGCCUAUGGACCUGUCAACAGUUCUCUCAAAGAUAGAUCUCCACCAGUACAGGACAGUGAAAGAGUUCCUUCAAGAUGUGGAUCUCAUCUGGCAGAAUGCCCUUGAAUACAACCCUGACAGGGACCCUUCAGAUCGUCAGAUCCGCCAUAGAGCAUGUGCACUGAAGGACACUGUCCACGCCAUCAUCAGAGACGAACUUGAUGAAGAUUUUGAGAAGAUUUGUGAGGAGAUCAAAGAAUCACGCAGCACAAGAGGCUGCUCUGCUGCACGGUUUGCUCCCUCUUUUUACCACGUCCUUCCCAAACAGCCCAAACCUUCUACUGAGGCCAAGAGCACAGAUGUGACCCCACAGAGAGAUCCCAGUGGCGCUACAGCUACUGUCACUCCAACUACAAAUACAUCUGCUGUUGCAACACCUAAACCCACAGCCCACAAGAAAAAGAGACGGAGGAGCCGCUGGUCCACUGGCAUGUAUGCAAAGAAGAAGCCUUCGUCCUCUCAUGUGACCAAAGAUGACUCACAGUUAGGGUCAGAUGAGGAGGAAGAUGGAGACGAUGAGGAGGAGGCUGAGAAGGAAACAGAAAAUGACGUCCAGACACAGAAUGAAAAAGAACCGGGACAGUCUGAAGAUGACAAGGUGAUGACUGAGAGAAGGGAUGAGGAAGGCAAAUCGAUCUCAGUAGACACUAUCAAAAACAGCCACACUAAGACACGAGAAGAUUCUCAGAAGCAAGCAAUCGCAGCGGAGAGUAGUGAAAUUAAAGAGCAAAAGCUGACGGAAAGUGAUGAAUGUCCAACUGAACGACAGGCAGAUGACAGGAAUGAGUUAAAGAUGGCACAAGAGACAGAGCUGGUUGACCAUGUUGAGACAAUGGAGGUGGACACAACUGAAACCUCAACCAUAGAUUCUUCUGCAGCGGUUAGAGGAGAGGAAGACACAAACACAGGUUCAGAGCCAAGUGUGAGGCGAAUUACUCGGGCUCUUAAGAACGCCGUUCUGCAGCAGCAGGUGAUCGAUGUGGAUGAAGCUCUGCAAAUCCUGGACCAGGAAGUUCCUCCUCUGGUGGUGGACAAAGACAAAUUAAAGGGAUUGUUGGAGAGAGUAGUGACCAAGACCGAUGGCUUUGAGGUCUAUAAGCUUGAGAAGCUCUACGCACUUCUCUGCCAGAGCAUUUAUAGACACAGACGAGACUACAACAAAACCGCACUAAUACAGGAUUUGGAGCAGGAAAUUGAAGACUUCUGUUAAUUUUUCUAUGGGACAAAUGUGACAGGUUUUUUAAUGAAUAGAUCCAUCAUCUUUUUUCAAAUGUGUAAAUAUUUAAACAUGGUUCUAUUUUCAUAGAAACCUACUGGCACCUCUAUGUGUGCACUAGCUAAGUUUAUAUAACCUCUUUUGCUCAUAUUUAAUUAAAUGGAUUUCCACUACAUAUUGUCCUUUUUUGUAAGCUCAGGAUACAUACCAGAGCUACUGCCACUUUUGAACAGCGGUGUCAUAGCUGAAAGUGUGCUUUUAGGAAACCGUGAAUCACUUGUUCCACACAGUGUGUUUGUAGCAUUUGUAUUAAAAAAUAUCAUGUUUACUCUUUAUUCCUGGUUUUCAGGACAUAUGGUUGAAUUAAAACACUUCCUAACUAAA